AUGGGAAUUUUGGCUCCAUUGGAGCAGAUCCGUGCCCUUUCCCACCCAGAAAAAUUUUGGGAAAGGGGCCCAGGCUGGAACAGCCAAACCUUUCCUUGGAAAUUCGAGGCCUGGAACAGCCCAAAAAACCACAAUCUUCUGGGAAUUCCAAGUCCCAAAGAAGGAUUCUCCCCAAAAUUUCCUUUUUUUUUUUUUUUUCUGGCCGCAGCUCGGAGCGAGGACGAGGAGGGCCGGGAUUCCCGGUGCUCCCGGAAUUCCGGCGGGAAGGAUCCCAAACGUUCCAAGCGGCCCCGAACCAUCCUGAGCUCCCAACAGCGCCGGGCAUUCAAAGCCUCCUUUGAGGUCUCCUCCAAACCCUGCCGGAAGGUGCGGGAGACGCUGGCGGCCGAGACGGGGCUGACGGUCCGGGUGGUCCAGGUGUGGUUUCAGAACCAACGAGCCAAGAUGAAGAAGAUUGCCCGCAGGCAGCAGCAGCAGGAGCAGCUCGGGAAUUCCAGAGGGGGAAUUCCAGGCGGGAGAGGACCCGGGAGGAGCGGCCGGGAUGGGAAUGAGGAUGAGGAGGGCCUGCAGCGGAUCCUGGUCCCGUUUUCCCGGAUUCCGCCGCCGUCCCUGGAGCCCAACGGAUUCGGGAGCGAGGCCGGAAUGUUCCGGGGAACCCCCCCGGAGCUCCGGCCCUACGGUAACUGCAGGGAAUUCUGGGAAUUCCGGGAAUUCAGCUGGGGCGGGCUGGGAAUCCCCAGGCCCCAUCCCGGUUUUCCCAAUUUUUGCCAAUUUUUGCCAAUUUUUCCUGAUUUUUCCCACCUUUUCCCAGACUCUGAGGGAGUUUUCCAGGAGCUGGACGGAGACACCCUGGGAUCCUUGGGAGCGGCCCUGAUCUCCACAGAGAAUUCCCAGCAGCUGAUCCUCGGGAAUGCUGGAAUUCCUGAAAUCCCCGAGCCCAGGGAUGCCCUGGAGCGCCUGUACCCCGGGAAUGCCAGAAUUCCCGAAAUGCCCGAGCCUGGGAAUCCCAUGGAGCGCCUGUACUCCAUGCAGAGCUCCUACUUCACCUCCUGACAGCCUGGAAUUCCCGAAAAUCCCAGUCCUGGGAAUCCCAAAAAAACUGGGAUCGACCCCCAACCCCCAGCAUUCCGCUGGAAUUUGGGAUCUUCCCUCUACUCCCGUGCCAAUUUUGGGGAAUUUUUGGGGGAGAAAUUUUUGGGAAUGCUUCUUUUUUUUUUUGUUUGUUUGUUUGUUUGUUUUUUGUUGUUG